ACCAAAUCAAUCGCUCUCUGAAACCCUACCCUUUCCCAUUUCGGUCCCAUCCUCCUGCUCGCAUGGCGGCCACCGUGGUCGAAUCGAUGGCGAUUUCCCGCCUGGCCCCGUCAGCCUCGGCGCCGAGGGCGGCAGCCGUGUCCCAGGCUUCCUCUCCCCGCGGUCGCUGCGACACGAGGCUUCUCCCUAGCUUCGAUGGCCUGAGGAUGUCCUCGCGUGUUCGCCCGAUUUCGCCCGCGAAGCGGCUGGCCGGCAGCUUGAUGGCGGUCCGCCGCGGCGCCGUGGUUUGUGAGGCCUCGGAGGCGACCAUCCAGCUUCCUGAAGUAUCUAAGAUGACUUGGCAGUCUCUUGUAGUGGGGUCUGAGACGCCGGUGCUUGUAGAUUUUUGGGCUCCAUGGUGUGGUCCUUGUCGUAUGAUUGAGCCAACCAUUGUCAAGCUAGCGAAGGCUUAUGAAGGAAAGAUCAAGUGUUACAAGCUCAACACAGACAACAACCCUGACAUAGCUACACAGUAUGGUAUUCGAAGCAUCCCCACUGUGAUGAUAUUCAGAAAUGGUGAAAAGAAAGAUGCUGUGAUUGGGGCUGUGCCAGAGAGUACCCUUGUUUCGACAAUCGAGAAGUUUGUAGUGAGAUAGACACAUUUGUGUUCUGGGUACUGGACUCUUGGAAUUCAAAAGGCUAUCUAUGUGAGUCUGGGCAAUGUUCUCCUUGUAAUAAUACCGUGUACAUGGUGAACGAUUUGCUCGAGUUGGAUAUCCUUCAAUCUGCUACACUACCUAAGUGGAAUUUGAAGAAUAAAAGUGUUGCUUGGAAUCAAACCAACUGCUGCUUAUGCACAAUGUUCUUCCCACAUGAAACGUGGAUGUAACAUUUUCUUCCCUAAUGCAAGAACAUAUCAUGGAGAUCUUUGGCUCCUAUGAGGAUAUUCUGCUAUCGCUGUGCUGAAUGGAAUUGGCUAAUGCCCGGAAUGGUUGCUAGAAUGGCAAUGGCUCGGGUGCUCAAGAACCUCGUCCUAAUCUAAAGUCAAAGCAGGAUGAUAAAGACUAUAUAUUAUACUGUCUGUCCUUGUGAAUUGAGUGCGGCUGGUGAUGCCUUUUCUGAGGGCUGCUUUGGGGUUCUCCACCGAACGAUAUAUUGUGGGCCAUACGGGGAUUUUAACCUGCACGACUGCGCUGCAUGUGAGUUUUGUUUAUUUAUUCCAGGAUUAUUUGACUUCACAACAUGUUUCCACCUGUUCCCUCCGUCCAUCCAUGGAAUCCUUAUAAUCCAGAAAACAAGUAAGCUUAGGGCUAUUUACUGAAAGCUCCCAGUAAUAUAGACUUUCAUCGAA